ACACUGCCUUCAUCCAGCGGAGGAGUAAGAGCAAAGGCAGAGACCGGCAGAGACACCAAGUAUCUGCCGAGGGUAAGGCUGCAUAUUGCUGUGCCAGUCUUGAGGUGUGUUUUGCUGCUGUCCUUCACUGAGAUCGUCCAGGUAAUACCCUAGCAAGCAAUAGGAAUGGAUGUCUUUAAGAAAGGUUUCUCCAUUGCUAAAGAAGGUGUGGUGGCUGCUGCAGAAAAGACCAAGCAGGGAGUGACGGAAGCUGCGGAGAAGACUAAAGAAGGGGUGAUGUAUGUAGGUACCAAAACCAAGGAAGGCGUAGUGCAAAGUGUGACCUCAGUUGCUGAGAAGACCAAAGAGCAGGCCAAUGUGGUGGGAGAAGCUGUAGUAGCCAGUGUGAACACAGUGGCAAACAAGACUGUAGAAGGAGCAGAGACCAUUGUGGCCACUACAGGAGUUAUAAAAAAG